CACACACACUUCCUUCAGGUCGCGGAACAGCCGAACGAGCCGAACAAGCCGAUCGAGUGUACCGAGCCGAGUGUACCGGGUGGUGCGCGCACAACCGUUCUGCUGCUGCCCCGCCUAAAGUUCGGACCCAGGCGGCACACAGCACACAAGCACACAGACAGACAAACAAUACUACAUACGUAUACGAAUUCCGCAAUCCGCAACUAUUGCGAGACCGCCUCUCGUCCGCUCCUGCAGGCCGCAGCGCACGUUUCUCGCAUUCGGUGCUUCCGUUCAUAUGGACAGUGACUCGCAGUGACUCUAUUAUCCAACCGUUGAACAUUCGAAACGAAACUUUUUGUUAGUUAGUGAAAGGGUUUGUCGCGAUGAUGGACACGACCGCGAUGGACUCGGCCAGCGACCACAGCAGCCACGCAUCGUCCGGUUCGCCGGCCGCCGCGAAACCGUCCCCGUCGCCGCCGACCAACAACAACAACAACAACCACAUCGGCGGCGUGCAGCAGCAUAGCAGCCCCAGACAGGCGUCGCCGAUGGCGCCGUGUCCGCCGAUGUCGAUGGCACACGCCCUCAGCCCUCCGCCGGUGUCCUCCGCCAGCCUGGCCAGAAGCAUGGCCCUCGGCCAUCUGCCGCCUCCAGGUCUCGGCCUGCUCAACUCCCUGGGAGUGCUGCACCACAGUCCUUUGGACUUGAUGGCCCAUCACGCGCCCCCCAGGUCGUACAACAGUCCGCCGCCGAUCUCCACCUCCGAUCCGACCGCCAACGAGUGCAAACUGGUGGAUUACAGAGGUCAAAAGGUGGCCGCCUUCAUCAUAGCCGGCGACACCAUGCUCUGUCUGCCCCAGGCUUUCGAGCUGUUUCUCAAACACCUCGUCGGAGGUUUGCACACAGUUUACACGAAACUGAAACGGUUGGACAUUGUGCCCCUAGUUUGCAACGUCGAACAGGUCAGGAUCCUGAGGGGGCUGGGGGCUAUACAGCCCGGGGUCAAUCGGUGCAAGCUGCUCAGCUGCAAGGACUUUGACACUCUGUACAAGGACUGCACCACGGCCAGUUCCAGGCCCGGCCGACCACCAAAACGAGCCCCGGUUGGUCUGAGUCUCGCGGCCUCCCAUCUCCAGCAUCAGCAGCUCAAGAAACAACGCAUGGACAACGGCGACUACCCCUACGAAAACGGACACAUGGCCGAAAUGUCGAGAUUGGAAAAGUCCCCGUUGCUGGCCAACGGCUACAACCACCCGCCCCACCUGAACCACAUGCAGUUCAUGCAGCUUCCGCAUCCGGCCGCGGCCCAUUCUGCCCUCCUGUCGCCCGCCAUGCCCCACAAUCUGUCCCGGCACGACGGAUCGGUCAUCAAGAACCAAGGCAUGCCCACCAUGGAAGCGCUCGCAAGGUCCGGAAUAUGGGAGAACUGCAGGGCGGCUUACGAAGACAUAGUCAAACAUUUAGAAAGGUUAAGAGAAGAAAGAUGCGACCCGGACAGAUCUUUGCCGAUGGACCAAAAGCCGCGAGAUCUGAGUCCGAGAAACGAUUGGCAUUCUAAGAGUAACUUUAAUGCGUCAAGUUGGUAUUCCAAAGGCUCACCGACAGAACACAGUCCCGUUUUGAAUCUGUCGAAGAGCGGGGGCGGUAGUGCCGGCUCGCUGGGCGAUGCCGAUCACUCGGGCAGCGAGGCCGACGGUCCGGACGCACCCCCGUCGCCCAGGUCGCCCAGGUCCGCACAGGACGACGAGGAGGACGACAACAUCUCGGAUCCGGAGGAUGAGGACGACAAGGAUCAAGACAUGGACGACGGCGACAUACCGCUUCCCUUGCCGGUGGCACCGGGCAGCGAGAGUCCCCAAGCCGCCCUCAAUUAUUCGACGUUGGCGGCGGUGGCGGCGAACGGCCCGACCCAAGAUCCGAGCCUCUCGUCGACGGAGACGUUGCUCAGGAACAUCCAGGGCCUGCUGAAGGUGGCGGCAGACAACGCGCGCCAGCAGGAACGGCAGAUCAACUACGAAAAAGCCGAGCUGAAAAUGGACGUGCUGCGGGAAAGGGAGGAGAAGGACAAUCUCGAGAGACAAUUAGUCGAAGAACAAAAAAUCCGUGCCGUGGUGCAAAAACGUUUGAGACGGGAGAGAAGAACCAGAAGGAAGCUGCACGACCAACUGGAGAUCGAAACCAAAAGGCGGACUCACCUGGAGGAGGCAUUGAAAGCUGCAGGCGCCCAAGAACAAAUCAACAUCAUCAAUGAAAAACUGGCACAGAUGGAACAAAAACCUGCUCAACAAAAUCACGUGCUGUCGAACGACAGAGACCGUCUGCAGGCUCCGGAAGCGUCGAGGAUGCUGGAUCGCGAGAGGGAAGACAGCGCGAUUCCCGGCUACGUGCAGGGGUUGAGGGAGGCGCCGCCGCCGCAGCCGCCGAUCACCCAGUCCGAGACGAAGACUUGGGGCUACCCGGGCAUCGAAAUGAUGAACACCGGGGCCGCCUUCUGGCAGAAUUAUUCAGAUUCUUUGGCUCAGGAGUUAGAGAUGGAGAGAAAGUCGCGCCACCAGCAAGUGGAGAGAGAUGUGAAAUCGCCUCUUCAAGACAGGGCGGCUUAUUACAAGAACUCGGUGCUGUUCACCAGCAGUGCAACAUAAACGUGGAACUUUGUAAAACUGUUGUUGAAAUUGUUUAGUUUAGAGGAAUGCUUUUACUUCUAGUAUAUGUGAGUUACAAAAUCUAUGAAAACGUCCAUUUUCUUCGAUGCAUAUCAAUUUAGUUUCAACAUUUACUUUGAUUUUGUAAAUUAAGUUUCGUUAAGACUGAUUUUCGGGCAUAACUUUAGAGAUUUUCUUCGAUUGUGUAUCUGUAAAUAUCGAUAGAUCUGGUUAUGAAGUUACUAAUAAGGAUAUAACUCCCGUAUUUUUACUAACUAAUUAAUCCAGCAUUGUAACAUAGAGCAUGUCUUAAGAUAUAAAACCUCCCUUCGGUUCUAGAACGAGUAAUAAUACCUAAUAAUAAUACCUAAUAAUAAUAAUAAUAAUAAUAAUAAUAAAUGUGUAUACGCCAUUCUGACAAUCAUGUCAAGAUUCAGAAACAUAAAACUUGUAACUUGUCCAAAAAAAAUGAACAUAUUUUAAUCCCAUUAUUAGUCGUUAACUAGAAAUAUUUUAUAUCGAACAUAAUAGGUGUAAAUAUUCGUAUUCUGGUGUUAAUCAUCCGGUUUGUUUUUGUACACAACAGUUUGCACAAAUCCGUACGGUUUGAAUGUGUAGGGACAAUAUCAAUUAAACGGACACAAUGUUAAUGUUUUACUAUUUGUUUUCCGACUGUAAAUGUAGUUUUGAAACUGUUCAAUUUUGUAAUACUCUUAGAGCACUUUUUUAAUUUGACAAAUCAAUUAAUUUUAGAGGACUUGAUAAAUUUGCAAUGUUAGAAUGUAUAUGAGCUGCGUGCAUGUAUUUAUUGUAAAUAUUUAUGUAUGUGUGCCUUGUAGAAAAUAAAAAUGAUUCAUAAAAUUGACCCAA